CGCAGCCAUAUCCAGGGCGGCGAUUGGCUCACGAAGCAAGCACCAGGAGACGUUCAUCUUGGUCGCCAGGGAGGUCGUCGACGUGCUUGGAGGGUUCUAUGCCGCCGACAUGUUUCCGUCGCUGAAGAUCCUCCACGUCCUGUCAGGUGCCAAGUUCAAAUUGCACAGGAUACGCCGGAGGCUUGACAAGAUCUUAGAUGACAUAGUUAAGGAGCAUGAGGUUAAGGCCAAGAUGAACAAAGGUCGGGAAGUAGCCGAAGUGGAGGAGGACAUAGUCGAUGCGCUACUAAGGCUUAAAGACGAAUCCGAACUAGAAGUUCCGAUGACCAUGGACGGAAUAAAGGCUGUGAUCCUUGACAUGUUACUCGGAGGGACCGAGAACUCAUCUGCAGUGAUCGAAUGGGCCAUGUCGGAGCUGAUAAGGAACCCCAAGAUAAUGGCGAAAGCACAGAAGGAGGUGAUGGAAGAGCUGAAGGGAAAGAAAAGGAUACAAGAGACCGACAUCGUGGACCUGAACUACCUCAAGUCGAUCGUUAAGGAGACACUAAGGCUUCACCCACCUAUCAGCCUGAUACCAAGAUUGUGUAGGAAGACGUGUGAGGUGCUCGGCUACGAGAUAGAUGCCGGAACUCCAGUCUUGGUCAAUGCAUGGGCGAUCAACAGAGAUCCACAGUACUGGGAAGAGGCCGAGAGCUUCAGGCCAGAGAGGUUCGAAGGCAAAUCCAUUGAUUUCAAAGGAGGUAACUUCGAGUACUUGCCGUUCGGUGCUGGAAGAAGGAUAUGCCCUGGAACGGAGUUUGGGCUCGCUACCGUACACCUAUCCUUGGCGCAGCUCCUCCUCUACUUCGACUGGAAGCUGCCGGAUGGCAGGAAACCAGAGGAGUUGGACAUGAGCGAGACCUACGGAGUUACUGUAACAAUGAAAACUGAGCUGAAGCUGUUAGCAACUCCUCGAAUUCCUAUCCCUUCUUCUGUUUAAGUAUUACAGUGUGUCUAAUGGAUGUUGCA